CACCUUUUUCCACUGAUGCCCCUCAACAUUCCCGGAAUUCUGGCGCCUUUCCAACUGCUCUGGAACCCCCGCAUCAUCCUGCCUCAUGUCAUAAUAACAGAUAUUCGCCAGCUGGACUUUCUGGCGCUGCGAAAAGCUGGAUAUCGAGGAGCAGUAUUUGACAAAGAUAAUUGUUUGACCAUCCCGUACAAGGAUACCCUUGCACCAGAGCUGAAAGAUGCUUGGAGAGAAUGCCGAGAGGUGUUCGGAGAACGUAACGUUCUCAUAGUUAGUAAUUCUGCAGGUACCGGAGACGACCCCGGAGGAAUCCAGGCCGAGUCAGUCUCUCAUCACCUCUCAGUUCCUGUAUUGCACCAUGGUUCACCCAAGCCAGCAUAUCGCUGUAUAUCCGCUAUCCGCGCUUACUUCUCAUCGCUACCUAACCCAAUCCAGGACCAUGAACUUGUCGUCGUCGGCGAUAGGGUCUUCACAGACGUCGUGAUGGCGAAUCGCAUGAAACGUCGCGUCGCCCGUGCCACUGGAGAACCAGACAAGGCAGCGUCCACGUACGAUCGGAGGAAUGGACCACUGGCCGUAUGGACGAACGGUGUCUGGCAGAAGGAGAGUAUGGUGAUGCGGUGGAUCGAGAGAUGCUUGGUAGAUGUGGUUGGUCGUCGGAUGGACGGUAAAUCUGGGCUGUCCGACUCGCAGGAACUAUUCACAAAGUUGUCUCCGCAUCCGACAGCUCCCCAGGGUAGGAUAGCGCUGAUUAGGAGCCUAUUACAUAGGAAAUAGAUCAAUCCCCCUUCAACACGAAUUACGAAGAUGCGUGUUUAGAGGAC